GUUGGGCAGUACACAGUGGACAUGGUGAAGCAAGAGUGUACAUGCAGGAUGUGGCAGCUCACAGGAAUACCUUACAGGCAUGUCAUCUCAUGUCUAAGGCAUGAAAGAAUAAAUUUAGAAGAGAAAGUAUUUCCUUGCUACACUGUGGCUGCAUUCAAGAAAGCAUAUGCUCAGGUUAUAAUGCCAUGUAGAGACUAGAGGGAGUGGCAGAAAAUGAAUGGACUGGCAGUGAGCCCACCAGUUUAUGAGAAACAUGUUGGUAGGCCUACUCUCAAGAGGAAGAAGAGUAUACUUGAGAUGGAAGAGGGAAGAAGCAUGAGCAGACAUGGUACUAAGAAACAUUGCAGUGCCUGCAACUCCACUGAACACGACAAGAGAAGGUGCCCAGAGCUUGGGAGAGGUGGAGAUCAACCUGCACCAGAAGCUGCAAGUCCUGCUGCAGCGGCUGUUUCUCAAGAUGCUGGUCCUGAUGCACCACCUGCUUCUCAAGAUGCUGCUCCAAGUGCAGCCCAUGGAAAAUCUCUUGGUCCAGCUGCAACCAAAAAGAGGCCUACCAAGAAGAAGAAGCCUAAUACUAAGAAUGUAGCAACUCAACAUUCUCAAGCACCUGGACCUCUUCCUCAGAAUGAAUUCAUUGCUAACCAGAGAGACUCUUUCCUAGAACCAAGAGCUACAACAGCAACACAUGCUCUUACAGGAAAGAAGAAAGGAAAGAAGGGGAAGCAGUAGAUGUGGUGGACAGAAGAUAGGGUACAUUUUGGACAUAUUAGGGGGGUUUCUUUUUGGACAUAUGACAUGCUUUUCUUUUGGACAGUGGGAAAUGUGGUGUGCACUAAACCUCAUGCCUGAAGUGUUGUUGUAGGUUUCACCCAAACCAAGAAACAUUCACCUUUUAUGUUAUUUUGCUUAUGGAUGAAUGUAAGAAUCCAGUUAUGCUUGAUGUAUGGAUCUUUAAUGGGAUGAAUGAUGAAUACAUGAAC